AGAAUGAAGAGUCUACAGCUGAUUCGCUCUCAGAGGAAACUCCACAGCCAAUAGGGGAUAAGUCGGUCAAGAAUGGAAUCGUAAACACUGCCUUUAACAUGAUGGAUGAAGAGAGGGAUGGACAAAAUGUGGGGGAACGUCCUGUUAAGACAGAGAAUCAGUUGGUUAAACAGGAAGCUGCUCAAGAGGGAUCAGUCACGUGGAGGACGUACAAACAGUACUGCAACGCUGCAGGAGGCUUCUUCACGCUGUCGUUGGUGUUUCUGGGGUUCAUGCUGCUUGUGGGGACGACAGCCUUCAGCGACUGGUGGCUCAGCUACUGGCUACACCAGGGAUCAGGGAAUACCACAGCGGGACACCUCAUGGGUAGCAGUGGUGGUGGCGGUAACGUGACGGCUGGCAGCAUCACAGACAACCCUGCCCUUGACUACUACCAGCGUGUGUACGGCCUCACCAUACUGCCCAUGCUGAUAUUCAGCGUCCUCAAGGCACACUCCUACACACGGGUCACGCUGCGCGGCUCCUCCAAGCUACACAAUGCCAUGUUUGACAAGAUCUUGUUCAGUCCGAUGAGCUUCUUCGACACCACCCCCACCGGCCGUCUGGUGAACCGCUUCUCUAAGGACCAGGAGGAGCUGGACGGGGGGCUGCCCCUCAGUAUGGAGGUCUUCCUCCAGUGUGGUCUGGUCGUCACCUCCAUCCUCAUCACCAUCGUAGCCGUCUUCCCAAUCAUGCUCCUUGUCGUUGCCCUCCUAGGCCUCGUGCUCACACUCUUUCUCUAUAUUUUCCAGAGGGGCAUCCGUGUGCUGAAGCGGGAGGAGAAUGUGAGCCGCUCACCCUGGAUCUCUUUGACCACCUCUGUCAUACAAGGCCUCAGCACCAUACAUGCCUACGACAAGAGGGACCAGUACAUACACAUGUUCAGGGACAUGACAGACACCAACUCCAACCUCUACCUGUUGUGGAACUCCAGUACGCGGCUGCUGUGCAACUUAGUGGGCUUGCAGUCGGCCCUCAACAUCUUCAUAGUGGCGCUGUUCACCAUGCUCACGCCCAACGACACCGUUAACUCCUCCAUGAAAGGUUUAGCCCUCGCUUACACUAUUCAGCUAACCAAGGCGUUGGCGUAUUCGAUACAGCAAUUUACGGAGGUGGAAGCCAAAUUCACAUCUGCAGAGAGACUGCUGGAGUACAUCACGGGGUGUGUGCCGGAGGCUGCGAGGCGUGUGAAGGGGGUGUGUCUUCCAGAGGGUUGGCCUCAGCAGGGACAAAUCAACUUCUGUGACUACAGCAUGCGUUACCGUGACGACACGCCCAUCAUCCUCAAACAGAUGAAUCUGUCAAUCAGGGCCAGAGAGAAGCUCGGCAUCGUGGGACGCACCGGAUCUGGCAAGUCGUCUCUUGGCGUGGCCCUGUUCCGGCUGUGUGAGCCUGCAGGGGGCGCUGUGGUGAUUGAUGGUGUGGACUGCAGCAGCGUCGGCCUCCAGCAGCUCAGGAGCCAGCUGUCAAUCAUCCCUCAGGACCCCACGCUCUUCACUGGCACUGUCAGGUAUAAUCUGGACCCCUUUGACAAGCACAGCGAUGAGCAGAUCUGGUUGGCUCUGGAGAACACCUACAUGAAGCAAUCGAUCGCCAGACUGCCAGAGCGGUUGCAGGCUCCAGUGGUGGAGAAUGGAGAGAACUUUUCAGUGGGGGAGAGACAACUCCUGUGCAUGGCCAGAGCGCUGUUGAGGAACUCAAGGAUCAUCUUGUUGGAUGAAGCGACGGCCUCCAUCGACUCGGAAACAGACUCUCUGGUGCAGCAGACGAUAAGAGAGGCCUUCAGAGACUGCACCGUGCUCACCAUAGCUCACCGCCUCAACACCGUGCUACACAGCGACCGCAUACUGGUCAUGGACAACGGACAGGUUGCAGAGCUGGAUUCUCCAGAAGUUCUGAUGCAGCGGCCCGGCUCCCUCUUCUCCUCCCUGCUGUCGGCUGCCAACCAGGUCGAGACGUGAUGAUGGAAACACACGCACAUACACAUGCACACACACAUGCGCACGCACACAUACACACAUACACAUUUACUGUAAAUUCAUCUGUAAAUCUGUAGAUCUUUAAAUCUGUCAGAUUUAUUUACCACACACACAUUUACUGUAAAUUCAUCUGUAAAUCUGUAGAUCUUUAAAUCUGUCAGAUUUAUUUACCAUGAACUAAGGGAUACUUUGAGCGAAGGAGCUACUGUGACUGUGAUUAUUGAAGAGUCUGUUGUAAUUUUAUAUUUUUUAAAAGCACCACAAUUAUGAAUUAGUCUAUUCGUAGCAUUUUUAAUAUUGAAGGGAAAAAUCAUCUGCUUGUUUUUUAUGCGUAUAUCUAAUAAAGAUAUAUUUUUAAA